CUGCACCCCCCCAAAGCCUUGGCCCUCCCACGCGCGAUGAUCGGAGCGCGUGCGCGAGCACGGGCUGUCUUCGUGUGCUUGGGACUGGCCGGGCUGACCUUUAGCCCGCCAGUGCUGCCGCGGCCGCAGCUGGAGGACACAUGGUGGCUCUUGCGCAUCGACGUGGGCCGCACCAUGGGCUCCUUCAUGCCGCUCCGCUGGGCCACGGACGGCAGCCGCCUCCUGCUGCCCAUGAUUGUGCAAUUCCGCAAAGGCGGGCAGUUGGCCGUGCACCGGGUGGGGGACUUCAUGGGGGACUGGGACUCUCCGCCCAACACGGCGUUGGGGCCCUUGCCCUUUGAGGAGGAGGGCUCCGUGUCGCCGAGCAUCAACGCCGGGCAGUGGGAGAUGUUGGAGGCCCAGGAGGGCCGUGUGGUGCAGUUCCACGUGGAGUCCAGCGGCUUCAAGCGGGGCUCCAUUUGGCUGCCGCCACGGAAGCUGUUCUUCAAAGGCAAGGUCUACGGUGAGAUCCUCUCUGGGGGGAAAAAUGCCACCGUCUCUAUCCGCGAGAACCUGCUGCUCUAUGGCAUCGGUGUGGCACUGCUGCUGGCGUUCGUGUGGGGCCCGGUGGCCUUGGUGGGCCUCAUUCUGCUGGCGCUGCGGGAGGUGUCCAUCUCUGUAGGCACCUGGAGCAUCGAACGCCUGGAGGGAGAUCCCGACACUGAGCCGCUGCCUCCGGUCACCUUGAAGGGGGACGUGCCCGAGAAGUGGGUGUGACUCGCAGCGGAA